UGUCAUCUAGAACAAUCGAGCCGCCAUUUGUUUUCACACCGCUAAAUAAAAAGGUUAAAAUUUGCAUUAACGAUCGCCAAAAAAAUCUGAAUUUACGUCACAAAACAACGAAAGAAAAAUGUCGUGCCCCAUCGGAAAAGAGGAGCUUGCCAAACUAAAGGCCUUCAUCUCCGUUUGCAGUGCUCAACCGCAACUUCUCAACAUGCCAGAACUCGAGUUUUUCAAAUCUUUCAUCGAAAAAUUGGGAGGCAAAGUUCCCGCAGCUCCAACUUCGCAAAAAUCCGCGCAUGCCGAAGCGUCGUUCACAUCGACAAAAGCUCCCGAACCCGAACCUGAAGUCGAAUCCGAAGAAGAGCCCGAAUCUGACUUGGAAUUAGACAACGAGGGAUGCGUCGAACCGGAUUCCGAACAACCCGAAAUGGGCGACGAGAGCAAAGAACCCACGGAAGAAGACGAGGACAAGGCAAGCGAGUUCCGUGGCAAAGCAGCGGGCGCCUAUUCGGAACAAAAAUUCGACGAAGCCGUAAAAUUGUACACGGAAGCGAUCAAAUUGAAUCCGCGCAGUGCUUUGUUCCACGCGAAACGCGGGCAAGUCUAUUUGAAGCUCCGCAAACCAAAUGCCUGCAUAAUCGACUGCAAUCGUGCGUUGGAAUUGAAUGCCGAUUCAGCAGCUGCUUACAAAUUCCGGGGACGAGCUCAUCGUUUGUUGGGCAAAUGGGAAGAGGCAGCCAAAGAUUUGCGUCAAGCAUGCAAACUCGACUUUGACGAAGAAGCUGACGAAUGGUUACGCGAAGUUACGCCGAACGCGAAGAAAAUCGAGCAACACAAAUUGAAGCAAGAACGCAAAAAAAUGGAACGCGAAGAGAAACAACGCAAAGAACGUGUUCGUCGUGCCCAAGAAGCGAAUCGUAAGGCACGCGAGGAAAAUGUUCAUGCCGAGGCACAUGCUUCUGCAGGCGCGGGAGGAGAAGAUUUCAUGAGUGGCGAAGGCGCCGACUUCUUAAAUGCAUUCAAAGAUCCCGAAGUUGCUGCCGCGAUGCAAGAUAUCCUUCAAAAUCCGGGAAAUAUCUCGAAAUACAUGGGAAAUCCAAAGAUUAUGAACUUGUUGAGUAAAGUUUCCGGGCAAAUGGGCGGCGGCGGAAUGCCAUUUGGUGCUGCGACAGGAGGUAUGCCCGGCGGAAUGCCCGGAGGAUUCGGAGGAAUGCCCGGAUUUGGAGCAGGAGGCAUGCCAGGCUUUGGAAUGCCCGGAGGAAUGCCCAAUUUCGGGGCAGGAGCAACGCCAAAUCCUUCAAAUGCACCACCAAAGCCCGAUUUUCAUGAUGAUGGUUUAGAUUAGACUUGAGAAUUUCCUAUGAGGAGAAGCCAGAGUGUCAUUUAAUCAAAUAUUAAUUCUAAAAGAGGUGAAAAAAUUUCCAUAUUACUUAAAAAUUUAAAAAUAUAAAAAAAUAUAAUUUUCAUUUGCGUGUUCGCUCAAUGAAGCAAAAAAAAAAUGAUUAUGAAAUAUAAAGCUUUUUUUCCAAAAAAU